AUACCCAUCAUCUUCUUCCUCCUCCCGAAGCGAGUCCAAUCCCGCGGCGAGUCGAGCAGAGGAGAAGAGAGGAGAAAAAUCCCCGAAACCCUAGCCCGCUUCUCCCGCGCCGGAGACAGGUCGGGAUGGGCGCCGAGGAGGACGCCGCCGCCCGCCGCGAGCGCCUCAAAGCCCUCCGCGCCGCCAAGGAGCUCCUCUCCGCCCCCGACGGCGCCUCCCCCGCGCCCGCCGCCGCCCCCGACGCGGACCAGCACUGCAUUAGGAAUGGUGACCAUGGGACGACAGAAGAACAGGCGGACCAACCAGAAUUGCCAGGUCCUGUGGAUGCACCCGAGGAUGCUUCCAAGGAGAACGUUAGCCCCACUAAGGAAUCUGAUGAGGUUGAAGACAAUGGGGAGGUACCACUGAAGUUCAGAAACUACCUUCCUCAUGAUGAGCGUCUCCGAGGUGGCAAGGUGGCCCCGCUGUCUCUUCCCAAGUUUGAAGAUCCGAUCGCUGCUGAUGCCGCUGAGCCAAAGCAGCUCGAGAACCCCUUCGGGAACAUCGCUCCGAAGAACCCGAACUGGGACCUGAAACGAGAUGUGCAGAAGAGGAUCGACAAGCUGGAGAAGCGCACUCAGAAAGCUCUGGCGGAGAUUGCAUUGGAGCAGCAAAAGGAGAAAGAGGCGCUGGAGGAGGGAGGCGAUGCAGCUCAAGAGUGACGUGGUACUGGUGCCGGUCCAAAUGUUUGUGUAGAACAGAGGAAGCAGCUAGCGGAAGUCAAACAUUGAUGUGUUUGUAAUGCACGGUGUCGGCUGAGGACUAAUGUACGGAGAUUGUAGUCAUGUGCUCACCUGAUACAUGGAUAAUGAUUUUCAGUUCAGUACCCAGAAUUUUGAGUUCUAGUGAUGGUUAGUGUCUUAUGUCUAAGUGAUCAAAUUGAAUAUGAUCCCUUUCAUGAAUGUGGACCAUAUAUAGCCAUGGACUUGCCGUGAUUA